AUGUCCGGCGAGGAAGACGCCACUGUCAGGGAACCACUAGAUCUGAUCCGUCUGAGUCUCGACGAGAGAAUCUAUGUCAAGCUCCGUUCAGACCGCGAGCUUCGCGGCAAGCUUCAUGCGUUUGAUCAGCAUUUGAAUAUGAUUCUGGGUGAUGUUGAAGAAGUUAUCACAACAGUAGAAAUCGAUGACGAGACGUAUGAAGAGAUUGUCCGGACGACAAAGCGCAAUAUUCAGUAUCUAUUUGUGAGAGGGGAUGGAGUGAUAUUGGUGUCUCCACCACUGAGGACUCAGACCUGA